AUGGCUGAGAACGGACCGCCCCAGACCUCGAGUCAACUGCCGCCUCCACCCCAGCCCAAUGCUGGCGCUCCUGGCUUCGAAGGCGGCCAGAAUGGCCAGUCCAACCCGGCUCACAUGCCGCCGCCGCCGCUGCACAUUCCGCAGAACACGAACCCGAUUCCGACUGCCAUUACCUCUCCCUUGUCCGGCGAUCAGAGUGGCAUGAUGUCCCCUAGCAGUGGCGGUCCCUUUGCCCGCCGCAUGGCUCCCGAACCUAACAAGAGGGCUCUUUACGUCGGUGGACUCGACCCCCGUGUCACGGAGGACGUUCUUCGCCAAAUCUUCGAGACUACUGGUCAUGUUCAGAAUGUGAAGAUCAUCCCUGACAAGAAUCAAAAGGGCUACAACUAUGGCUUCAUCGAGUACGACGACCCUGGUGCUGCCGAACGUGCUUUGCAGACACUGAACGGCCGUCGCGUUCACCAGUCGGAAAUCCGCGUCAACUGGGCCUACCAGUCGAACACGACUAGCAAGGAGGAUACAUCUGGCCACUUCCACAUCUUUGUCGGUGAUCUCUCGAACGAAGUUAACGACGAAGUUCUCCUCCAAGCUUUCUCGGCGUUUGGCACAAUCUCUGAGGCACGUGUCAUGUGGGAUAUGAAGACUGGUCGUUCUCGUGGCUACGGAUUCGUUGCUUUCCGCGAUCGCGCCGAUGCCGAGAAGGCACUGAGUUCCAUGGACGGAGAGUGGCUCGGUUCUCGAGCCAUUCGAUGCAAUUGGGCCAACCAGAAGGGCCAGCCUUCGAUUGCACAGCAACAGGCAAUGGCUGCCAUGGGAAUGACACCCACUACUCCUUACGGCCACCAUCAUUUCCCUACGCACGGCAUCCAGAGCUACGAUAUGAUCGUUGGUCAGACACCUGCGUGGCAGACGACCUGCUAUGUAGGAAACUUGACGCCCUACACAACCCAGAACGAUCUGGUUCCCCUCUUCUCGAACUUUGGUUAUGUACAGGAGUCGCGGAUGCAGUCAGACCGAGGCUUUGCGUUCAUCAAGAUGGAUACACACGAGAAUGCCGCCAUGGCGAUCUGCCAACUUAACGGAUACCAGGUCAAUGGGCGUCCUCUGAAGUGCAGUUGGGGCAAGGAUAAGACUCCCAACUCUGCGACUGGUGGUUUCGAUCCCUCGCAGCAGGCCUACAGCCCUCAGAGUGCUCACGCCUCUGGUGGCUACCCUGGCACGCCUUCUACCUACUUUCCCCAGUACGGUGGUCAAUACGGCACGCCCGUAGCUCAGCAACAGCCAUACGCUGGAGCUCCUGCGCAGUCUCCAGCAGGCUACAACGCGCAGCCCAUGGGCUAUGGUGGUCCUCCCAGUGCUGGUGGCUACGGCCGUGGUCAGCAGGGACCUAACCAGCAGUGGUCCUCUCCGCCUCCAGGCCAGAACUUUAACAAUGGUUUCCAAGGGUACCAGGGCUAA